AUGGUCUAUGGGGGCAAGCCGAGUACCGGAUGUUACCUGUGUCGCAAGCGGAAGAUAAAGUGCGAUGAAGCUCGCCCGGGAUGCCGGAACUGCGUCAUCUAUGGCCGCCCAUGUCCAGGUUACCGGCCUGAUGUUGUCUUUCGCAAUGAGAACAGGAAAUUCGAGCCUCUCGUGAAGAGCAGUGCUGGCGUCAAUACAAACAACAACAGUAGUGACAACCUGGGCAGCUCUCUGACCUCGGACGCAGUUGUCUCGCGCCGUCGGCGCCGAUCCCUCAAUGGGAAACAUCAUGACAAGCCUACUCUGACGCUAUAUUCGCCAGCGGAUACUAGUUGGGAAGAGCGCGCUUUGUGUUAUUUCUUUGACCAAUACACUAUCAAAGCAGAGGGUGAAGAUAGCGGGCAUCUCGCCUAUGUGCCCCCGCUGUACGCUCGCCAGCUUGGCCAGAGUGACGAAUCGGCAUCAUCCUGCUUACGGUGGGCCGUCGAUGCCACAUCGCUGAUGACUCUGGCCAAUGCUAAUAAUGCGCCUCCUCUUAUGAUUAGGGCACAGCAGGGCUAUGGGCGGGCGUUGCGGGCUUUACAGGCGGCAUUGGUGUCUCCAGCCCAUGCUGCCAAAGACGAGACAUUUGCUUCGGUUGUUUUGCUCUCGUUAUAUGAAGAUAUCUCGGGGCAACGGAAUGGAUUGUUCAGUUCACAUACGGCUGGCUUCGAGUUUUUGAUGAAACUCCGUGGAGAGGCCCAGAUGGAUCAUAGACAUAGUCGGGAUAUGGUCAAUUUUGCUUAUGCCCACACAUAUGUUGAAAUCCUCGCACUGGGAGACAAACCCCGCUUCGAUACCGAAUGGGUUCUCGGUAUGCUAGACAACAACAAUCCAAUUGAUCGGCUCAUCAUCGCAGCAUCAAAGCUAUGCCAGCUAUUUGUCGCCAUCCGCUCUGCGCCAAAGCCCUCAGAUCAAGCAACUGUCGAAUCAUGGAUCGCGGCUGGCCGCGAGUGUGAUAUAGAAUUUUCACAAUGGACACAGACCCUUCCGGAUAGCUGGCUCCCACUAGUCGUCUACUCUGCGAAGGGCGAGCCCCUCUUGACCUACACCCGCAUCUCCCUUGCCGUCGUUUGGAACUACUACCGCUCAGUGCGCGUGAUGCUCCAACAGCUUUUCCUCGGCCUGACCACCGCCCUUUCCACCAUCAAAGAGGCCAAUAAACAAUUUUCCAACUCCCCUGAGACCGGCACUUUUGAUACGAAGUCCGAGUCUGUUCUUGAAGAGGAAAGUCUGCGAGCCACCAUCCGCGAACUGACAACAGAUGUUUGCCGUAGCAUCCCCUUUGCGCUAGCAGAGGUCGACUCCCUUGGCCGCCCCAAUAAGUCGGAUAGCGCAAGGAAAAUGCGCGCUGUCCAGGGUUAUGGCUUGCUCUGGCCUUUGUGGUAUAUUCUCUCCUCCGGUAUGCCGACCACGGUGCAGGCCGAGCAGAUCCGUACCGUGCUGUCCCGUGUCGGGUCUACGCUGGGCAUUAGAUUGGCCUGGGUUCUUGCUCAUGAGGCAGAGCGCAUUCGCGAAGAGCAGAAUGAGAUACUAGGAACUUCUAUUGACCCCUCCUCCACAAGUGUUUCUGGUCUCAACGAGAGCUCAACAAUCACUCUGUCUAGUUUCAUGAUCAAGGACAUGUCCAUG